AUGUUGCUGACAAAGUUGUGGAUUGGUACAACCUUUCUGGUUCAUCCGACACCGGCAGCUACCCCGCAGCGUCCAGGCCAAGCCACCACCUUCGUCGCCACCAUCCUGCCCAAGUUUGACCCUAAUGAAAUUAAAGUUGUGUUUUUAAGGUGCACAGGUGGUGAAGUUGGUGCCACAUCAGCUCUGGCCCCCAAAAUUGGUCCCUUGGGUUUGUCUCCCAAAAAGAUUGGUGAUGACAUUGCCAAAGCAACUGGUGACUGGAAAGGGCUAAGAAUUACAGUGAAACUUACCAUUCAGAACAGACAGGCCCAGAUUGAGGUUGUGCCUUCUGCCUCAACCUUGAUCAUCAAAGCCCUAAAGGAACCUCCUCGGGACAGAAAGAAGCAGAAAAAUAUUAAACACAAUGGAAACAUCAGUUUUGAUGAGAUUGUCAACAUUACUCAACAGAUGAGGCACCGAUCUUUGGCAAGAGAUCUCUCUGGAACCAUUAAAGAGAUACUUGGAACAGCCCAGUCUGUGGGCUGCAACAUUGAUGGCAAACACCCUCAUGAUGUCAUUGAUGACAUCAAUAGUGGUGCUGUGGAAUGCCCAGCAAGUUAA